AUGGUGAUUGCUAAGGCCGUCUCCUCCUCCACUUUCUCACCUUCUUAUCGAGCAGCUGGUUCCAUCAGCUCCUCCUCCUCCUCCUCCUCCUCCUCCUCCUCCUCCACUAAGGGAGGCGGGCCGUCCCACACAGGCAGCCCUCCCAUUGGCUCAGUCGGGUCACAUGGGCCUUCCCCCCCUCCUCCCCCCACACUCCCCUACACUCACUGCUCUCCGCUGUCUGGGCACUCGCUCUGGGAAGUCUGCUCCGGAGCUGUCUGCUCCGGAGCUGUCCUGAAGCUAGCGGCCCCUGUGAUGUUCAGGGAGGUCUCGGAGAGCGCAGACCGGACCGAGUGGGGGAGGACGGAGCGCGGGCAGAGGCGGCGCUCCGGGUACCGGCUGGGACGCAUCAAAGCCCGCCAGCUGCUGCUCCACCGCAUCGCUGCAGAACUGUUUCCAUGA